CGAGGCUCUACCAUGGUGCCUACUCAUCAGUGGAUGGAAUCUUCAGUACUUGUCUUGUGUUCAAUGUACGUAACUUUUAUUUCUGGCGCAAACUAUACCCGACGAAAGGAUUAUUAAAGAGUUUCGAAGAUUUCAAGGUUCUCCACACAACAUGGACAUUGUGAAAGAAGUGGAAAGCGCUUUGGAAGAGGAGGGCUACGUAAAAAUUGACUCUACUUCGCCAAACGCAACGUCUAACGUUUCGUCUUCUGUUUCUUCUACGGACAAAACAUCGAGUUUAUCAGCCGUGACCUCAACUCCUUCGCAGCCUGUAGAUCGACUAACAGCAAGCCCUGUUCAGCAAAAAAUAAGGCCGGACCUUUCUUCUUCCAUUCUUUCGGAAAAUACGUCGAGUAGUAAAAGUUCAGCGAAUGUUUCUUCGAGUUCAUCGUCAUCAACGUGGCAAAGACAGAAUUCUGGUCAAGACAGCGACGAGGAACAAAGUGGAGGAGUUUGGGGCUGGAUGUCCAGUGCUGUGUCGGUUGGGUUACAAACUACGCAAAACAUCGGUAGAAAUAUUGUAGAGAAGACCAAGGUAUUGGGCAUAAACUUUUCUUCUGCGUUUAUCUUAGGGUCUGUAAGUUUUAGUUACUAUGUAAAUAGAAGCUUAUAGGCUCAA